AUGGCUGAAGACAAAGAAGCACAAAUAAAUAUAGAUUCUCAAAGCUCUAGCAGUUCUAGCAGCUCUAGCAGUAGUUCUUUUAAUGAUGACAAUCGUGUGAAAGUUUUGGGUGUUUUUAGUGGAAUGUGGUUGAACGUAAAUCAGAUGAUCGGCAGUG